AUGAUGCUCGCCGUCUCCAUCGAGUCUCGUGUGCUCUAUAAUCGGUUCGAGCCCGAUCGGAUCGUCGAGCAGCGUGGAGGAGCUGCCGCUUCAGCCGCAGAGAACUCGUUCGACUACGACGCCAAUCAGUGAGUUUGCACAUCGAACGACGGAAGCAGACAAUGAGAAUGAGCGUUCAGAAUCAUCCGCAACACGAUGAAGCGCAACCGUCAGUGUCUUCUCAACGCCGGACUCUCUCAGGGAUGCGAUUUUUCGGAUCUACUUCAGGCGCAGACUCAGGCCCGCAAGUUCAUGAGCUUCGCUGGACCGGGAAAGUGAGCUGAUGCAUGAAGAAAAUGAUCGGCAAGACAAUAAUAGUGCGCCAAUUCCAAUUAAUGUUUCCACCUCCUCGACUCAUCUAUUCAAUUGUAAAUAUCCAUAGCCCCCCUCGAAGCUUUUCCGAUCUCUCUGUCUCGUUAAUCUCUGUGUGUCUCCCUCUCUCCCAUUGUCACAAUCACCAUCAACCGUCGCCGAAUGAAUGAUUAGCACUGUUAACUCCAAAGUUGCGUGUCAAUCGCAAUGAAGGGCUGUAAAAUCGUGUCCCCCCUAUCGCUUCUUUUGGCAGGAGCAGCCGGCAGGAGCAGUCACAGCCUGUUUGUUAUCAGUCUUUCGGUCCAUUUGGUGACAUGCCGACGGUUAAACUUCAACCAAACAGGUUUCUUCUAUUUCUCGUUUUAUUCACAUGUCUGCUGACAGAAUGCUGCACCGCUUUAAAGUGUUACGACACUGGAAUGGCGGUAAGUGCUUUUUGGGUUGCUCGAUUGGGGACGAGAUAUGUCUCUGAAAUUGAUAUUGUACUGAUUUGAUUCAAUUUUUCCCGGACCUAAUGCCGGCUAGCGAAUCAUUUCAAAGACUUUCAAAACUCGACUGCUCCACAAAAGGCAAUGAUUGUGACAAUACCAAACUUUAGGAGCAACCAUGCGAACCAAUCGACUUGUGGUGUAUAAAGAUUACGAACGGAUCAUCAGUAUCUCGAGGAUGCGCGAAUGUCUAUGAGUAUUGUACCGACGAAGAUGCGGGGUGAGUGCGGCCGAGGUUUUUCAUGAAAAAGUGAGGCCACGACUUUAGAUGCUACCCGGAGCGCGAAGAGAACGGAGUGAAAGAGAAAUGGUGCUGUUGCCGCGGCGAUUUGUGCAAUUCGGUCUCAAUCCCAUCGCUUCUUCUCCCAAUCUUUUCGGCGACAAUAUUGACAAUCUGGUUUCAGCUUUAA